AUGUCUGCCUGGCGUGUUAGCAGGGGUGCAACAAACUUGGGUAAAUUCCUCCUCAUCUGGCAUCCCGAGAAGGCAAAGCUCACCAUCACAGCCCCCUCUACAGGCUUCAUCCACAGCAAAGUGCUGCGCUCCAGCAGCGAGUCAGACUUCAGGAAACUCCUGCUUGGUUCUGUGGGUCUUCUCUCAGGUUUGGCACCUCUGGACAUUCACACCUCUGCUGUGUCCAACGGUGAGGGUCUGCUACUGGUGAGCAGAAAGGGUGAUGUGAACAUGGUGGAGCCGGAUGGGACACAGAGGCAUAUCUUUGACCUGGAGGGGGGCCCUCUGGCCCAAGGAAGUCCUGUUCAGCUGAAGACCUUUGGCAGCAUCCUGGCCUGCGUGCUGGCCGGGGUCCUCUACCUCGUUGACCAGAACAGUGGAAGGCUCAUAGAAAAGAAAAUCCUGAGCAUGAAAGAGGUGCACUUCCUGGAGUCCCUAGGAGAGGAGGACAGCAUCCAGCUCCUCACUCAAACUGGCAUCUACAGCUUUAGCUUCUCCAAACCUGAGGACAGCAGCAGACCUGAGCCAUGCCUGGUGGAGAUGGUGUUUGAGGAAGCCUGCAGAUACUACCAGAGGAGGAGCCUCAGCAGUUCCAAGCUGACGGUGGAGAAGCUGAAGAAAGGUGGUGUGUUCCAGGCUCCUGUUGCUCUCACUGCCAUCCUGCAGCACAGUCUCCACCAGAAGCCAGCCCGAGGCCUGCAAGACACUUACACCAAGCUGUUGAGCACAAUGAGCCUGGACCUGCAGAGCUACAUGAGCCUGGAGCUCCUCAAGACCUGUGUGGUGUGUGCCCCAGAGAGUGAGGUGGAAAGCUACUGCGAGGAACUGGUGGAGCAGGAGGUCAGCCGUGUUCUGUGCUCUGACAUGGACAAGGACAAUUUGGCCUACCUGAACUCCGUCUUUGCCUCCUUCCCCAAGGCUGCCUGGAAGGCCACAAGGAGCUGCUUGCAGCUGCAGCAGAACGGGGAUGGCCUCUUGGUAGCCAGGGCCACCCCAGAGGUGUGGAAGAAAGUCCUGGGAGGGCCGCAGCAGGAGGAGGUGGGUCAGAAUGGGGUGGUCCCACUCUUUGAGCUCAUCUGCGCCUCCUUCCUGAGAUUCAAACCCAAGUGGCUGCCCAGUUUUGUGGAACUGACUCAGCAGUAUGUUAGCGUCUCUUGGGCAUACAGCAGCAAGGAGGGCCCAGAGGGCCGGGUGCCACUGUACAAGAGAGCGCUGGGAGUACUGGCCAGGAAGAACAAGCGCAGCGUGGCAGAUGAUGAGAUGGAGCUCGAACUGAUGCUCUGCAGCAAGAGGCCUAAGGCCGUGCUGCAAGCUCUGCACCUUCUCAUCCGCCUGAAGCAGUGGCAGCGGGUGGUGGAGGUGGCAGAGAAGUUCUCCAAACUCAGCCCCUUGCUUAACAAGGAGAUAUUCACCACACUUCUGGCAGAGUUUGCCCAGCACCGGGAGCUGGACCCUUAUUUGGACAGGCUGUGGCUGCUGUGCCCCGCUGAGCUCACCACCUCUGACAUCCUCACCGUGGUCCUGAAGCACCUCCCAGACUCCCAGGGGGACCCAGCACCCUUCUCCAGCAAGGGGAACCAGCUGACUGUAGGCUUGCUCAAGCCGCUGCUGCAGAGGGUUAUGCAGCGUCCCUGCAUCCAGGACGAGAUGUACUCGGAUGCCUUGCAGAGCCCCACCUUCCCCCCUCCUACCCCACCCCGAGAGCACAAGGUCCCCUCAAAAGCAGCAGCUGAUGAUGCCCCUCAGCCACCCAUGGCAAGGACUUCCUCCCCCUCCACACCGGCACAGGAUGACACUGCGUGAAGGGGGAAAGCACAACGGCAUCCCAAGCCUUGGGUGCAUGGGGAGGGGAAAGCCGCAUCCACCCCAGGAAAUCCUGCCCUGCCUGGCAGACUGGAAGCCUGCUCCUUUCUGAAGUCUCCCUGUGGCAACAUCUCGAAGAGUCUGUCGGGUGUCUGGGGCUGGGGGAUCUCAUCUGAAGCCAGGGCAGGCUUUCUGGCUAUUUCUAGCAAGUGCAAUUGCGUGUGCCCCAGUGGAGGAGCAAAUGCCGGGUGCAUUUGCAGAUGAAAGUGCUGGCUGCACUACAGGGCUACAGAACUGCUCCCUGCCCAAAGCACUUUGUUUUCGGUUUUCUUGGCUCCUUUAUAACUUCACUUCUACUUCCCUGAUCCUCUAGGAGUGGUGGGCAGGCACACACACCAUCUUUCCCUCCCCGUUCUCUGCUCAGUGGGUUGGGGGUGCUUCCAAGCUCUGCCUGUGAGAAGCUGGGCAUGUUUCUUGCAGUGGAGCUGCUGAGUCCUGCUGCUCUGGGCUCAGUCAGAUGCCAAAUGCCCAUGUGGUGCAGCUCCAUGGUACUGGGGGUCCCAGCACACGCGCUGGCAGCUGCAGCGCUCUGCACACUGUCUCGCCGCAAUUCCUCUGGGAUCAAUCCUGUAGCUGUGACUGAUUGCAGCUACUUAGCUGGAGAGAGCAGCCUAAUUCCCUUAUCUCUCUAUCCCAGACGGUACCCAAACUCUCUUCUGAGCUGAGAAGCUGGCAGCAGCCUGUGCAAGCUUGAGGCUGGCCCUGCCUCUCCCUUUCCUUUGUGGAAGCUUAGAUUAUGCUGCAGGACACCCGGGCCCUCUGUUCCCAUCUCCCCUACCUUUGCCCUUUGCACACAAAGGGGCUUUGUCAGGGUUGUCUGGCUCAUAUUGUGCCUCUAUUUGCAAAGUCAGUGUAACUUGAGAGCAAUCAUGCAGGAAGAUCCAGGUUCCAGCCUCUCUCGAGAGCUUACUGCCUGGCCCCCUCCUCCAGGAGAGAGACCCUGGCUGGGGCUUUGCCCCUCCAUCUGGGCUGUGGUAGGAAGGAGCUGCCUCUUGCCUGGGCUGGCAGAGCCCAGCAGGGAUGGGAUGGGGGAGAUUCUCCUGCAUUAGUCCUCUUGAGAGUGCGGUUCAGUGUGGAAGACAGAUGCCUUUUAAAAAUAAAGUUUCCUA